AUGUCGACUGCUGAGCGCGAGACUGAGCCUACUACGGUGCAACAGAACGAUGCCUCCCUCCCCGAGGUGGCUUUGAACGAAAAGUCCAUGGACGCUGACGAGAAGGCCGUGGCCGACACCCCGGAUGGCGAGGAGCCCACCGAGACCGAGAAGAAGGCUCUGCGCCACAUCGCCGAGAACCUGCCCGUCUCCGCCUGGCUGGUGGCCAUCGUCGAGUUGAGCGAGCGUUUCACCUACUACGGCAUGCAAGGCCUGUUCCAGAACUACGUCCAGCGUCCCUUGGAUGGCUCCGAAGGCCGGGGCGCACUGGGUAUGGGCCACCAGGGCGCCACGGGAUUGACCACGUUCUUCCAGUUUUGGUGCUAUGUGACUCCCAUCUUUGGUGCCAUCAUCGCCGAUCAGUACCUCGGAAAGUACAAGACGAUCGUGCUGUUCUGCGGCGUCUACAUCACUGGUCUGCUCAUCCUGGUCUGCACCUCCAUCCCCAGCGCUCUGGCCCACGGAGCCGGUGUGGGCGGGUUCAUCACGGCGAUUUUGAUCAUUGGCCUGGGCACGGGCGGUAUCAAGAGUAACGUGGCUCCUCUGAUCGCCGACCAGUACAAGCGGAAGAAGAUGGCGCUGUCGACCACCAAGAAGGGCGAGCGCGUCAUCAUCGACCCGGCCCUGACCAUCCAGCGCAUCUACAUGAUCUUUUACGGUUGUAUCAACAUUGGUUCAUUGUCCCUGCUGGCCACCCCGUACAUGGAAUUGUACAUCGGCUUUUGGUCCGCCUUCCUGCUGUGUCUGUGCAUGUUCAUCGUCGGAACCGCGGUGCUCCUGCUGGGUCGCAAGUACUACGUGGUGCGCCCGCCGCAGGGCUCGGUCGUCACGGACGCCUUCCGGUCCCUGUGGAUCAUGGUCAAGAACCGCAACAUGGAUGCCCCCAAGCCCAGCUGGCAGGCCGAGCACCGCGGCGAGUCGGCCACCGUUGUGCCGUGGGACGACCACUUCAUUGACGAGGUGAAGCGUGCGCUGGUGGCCUGCCGGGUGUUUGCUUUCUACCCGAUCUACUGGUUGGUGUACGGGCAGUUCUCGAGCAACUUCGUCACGCAGGCCGGCCAGAUGAGAGGACAUGGCAUCCCGAACGACCUGAUGCAGAACUUUGAUCCCAUCUCCAUCAUCGUCUUCAUCCCGCUGCUGGAGACGAUCGUGUAUCCGCUGAUGCGCCGCAUGAAGAUCCCCUUCCGCCCCAUCACCCGGAUCUCACUGGGUUUCGUGGUUGCGUCGUUGGCGAUGGUCUACGCUGCCAUUGUGCAGCACCUGAUCUACUCGGCCGGCCCGUGUUACGAGCAUCCACUGUCGUGCCCGGGCGCGAUGGUGGACGGCGUGGCCCAGGGCAACAACGUGCAUAUCGCCAUCCAGACUCCCGCAUACGUGCUCAUUGGUAUCUCGGAGAUUUUCGCCUCGGUGUCGGGUCUGGAGUACGCUUACACCAAGGCGCCGCCGUCGAUGAAGUCGUUCGUCCAGUCGAUGUACCUGCUCACCACCGCGUUCGGAUCUGCCAUUGCCGAGGCCCUGACUCCCGCCGCGUACGACCCGGCCAUUCUCUGGAUGUUUGUCGGUGUCGCCUGCGCCUCGUUCCUGGUCGGUGUCGUGUUCUUCGCCAUCUUCCGCCACCUUAAUGCCAAGGAAGAUGAUAUGAAUGCCCUCGACGCCGAUGACUAUAUGCCGGACGCGCCGCGCGAGGAGGAGCGCCGCGAGUCGAAGAACUAA